AUUUGACAGUUCAGCUGUCAAGUGUUAGCAUUAACUACUAUUGUGAGGUUAUUUUCAUAUUUAUAAUACUUUUUACGUUUGCGGCUUGAAUUGCUUAGUAUUAAUAAUGGAUACAGUAGUAAAAUCUAUGUUAGAAGAUGAAGAAGAGGAGGAAAAAAAGGGUAUAGUACUAUUCGGCAGGGACCUAUCAAAAAUACCAUGUUUUCGGGAAAGCUUCUUGUAUGGCAUAGCAACUGGUGUUGGAUUGGGAUUAGCUACCUUCGUCAAGACAUCAAGACCAAUGCUUUCCCAACAUGUUGGCGUGGGCACUUUUUCCAUGUCAACUUUGCUCUAUUGGUCAUAUUGUAGAUAUCAAUGGUCAAAACAAAGAUUUGACGCUCAAUUAUUGCAAGACGCUUUGAAAGAUAAAAUUUUAUAUGAAGGAACAGUAGUUGAAAAGGAAUUAGAAAAACAGGGUGUUCUAAAGUCGGCAUAGUCAGUAUUUAUUUUAAAUUAAAAGGUUCAUUUAUGAAAUUCAAGUUCAAGUUACUGUUAGUAUAGAAUUGCUAUUAAUGAUUAUAUCCACAAUUUACAUAUGUAUUAUUAAACAAUGACGAUUGACAAGUAUAAGUACAGUAAUGUAAGUGUAAUAACUUGUGUGUAUGUAUGAUAUUUUUGUAUUUCUAUAUUCAUGCAAGAAGAUAAUGUGAAAAGUCAGUUUGUAUAUGUAUAUUAUAUAGAGGAUACACACAAUUGCAGGCCUUUAUUAUUUUUAUAUAAUAUUAUGUAGUCUUUGUGUCAAUUUUGUAUAUAAUUAUAAUGGAACUCAACUUUAUUUUUGCAAAUAAUAUAUAUUAUGUAUGUAUAAUGUAGAAUCAUAGUAUUACUGCAUUCAUCUGUACAAGUAAUAUUCUUCUUCUUCAAAAUAAUAUAAGUGAUUAUAACCAGAAGUUGACAUAAUGGUAAUUUAAAUGGAAAUUAUUUGACAACAUUAAUAUGUUGGAUAGUGACCUUAGUUUCUUAUAUUUUGGUUAGUUUUGUUAGUAAUUUUAGAAAUAAAUGCAUUGUUAUAAAAA